CCAGAUUUUUUUUGACUUUGACGUUUGAUUCGAUCGCCAUCAAUCCAUCCAUCCGCGAAAAUUUAUUCAGAUCUUAGCAAAAUGUCUCUGUGGUCGGCUUUGAAUCGCAAUGUAUUUAAGCGAACUUCUACGUUCGCUUUGGUUGUAGCUGGUGGAACUUUUUUCUUCGAAAGGACCUUUGAGGUCAUCUCCGUUGGUAUCUUUGAAAGUAUCAACAAAGGGAAACUGUGGAAGGACAUCAAACACAAGUAUGAAGAAUAAAGUAUAACAAAAACAACCAUCUUUAUUAUAAUUUAUUAGAAUAAUUGUUACAACUUUCAUUAAAGUAUGUUAAAUAAGUAAA